UGUCGAGGUAUCGCAGCUAGGAAAGCUCUGUAGCUUUUGAGGAGUCCUCAGUGCGGCCUGAACCGUUAGCCGGCCUACAUCGUGCGUGUCCAAGUGUGGCUGUGUUAUAUACACUAUUUUUCAUCGCUAAAUGUUAUUUAAUUAAAAAAUAGUAAAUAAAUUAAAUCCAUUUUAUUUUUUUAUCUUCGCUAUUAAUCGCUCUCAAAAUUCCUUUUUUUCGAUUAACUAGUUAUUACUUACCCCAAUAUUAAUAAUAAUAAAAAUAACAACAAUAAUAUUAAUAAAAAAAUAAUAGUUAAGUUGUAUAAAAAAUAAUCAAGAGAUUCCGUCCGUUGUCAUUGUUUUAUCUAUUUUUUUCGAUCAAUUACCGCUGGAUUUACUAACAAGGCAAAAAAUAGGAAUAAAAAAACAUGAUUGAUAAUUAUUCGGUGAUGUAGCUGAUGGGACGUGUAAUUUGAUGAUAAAUCCCUUUCUCCCACAAGAAAGACCAAUUGUUACUGUCAGAGUGAUUGAAUUAUUUAGUGAUUGGCAAUUAAAAUCGAUAAUCAGCAUCCCCCUGUCAACGGAGAAGGACGUCUGGCGUCCUCACCGACGUGAGGUAAAAAAUUGCGUGAAGGGGAGUUGAGGAGAGGAGUGGCGCGAGGACGAUGGCAAUGACGAGAGGUCGAAGCGCCCUCCUUAACGUAGAAACGCUGGUAGUGUUAACGGUGGUGGUUGCGUCAACGCUGGACUUGGGAGCUCGAGCAACACCUUCGCACAGAAGUCGUCACCAUGCGGAUUUUUCUCACGAAGAGCUCGGGCAGCAGCAGCCGCAGCAGCAGCACAGCCACGAACACGAUCACGAGCACGAGCACGAGCAUGACCACGAGCACGAGCACCACCAUCGCCAGCAGCCGCAAAAAAGCAUUCCGCUCAAGAUGACCAGCGGUGCGGCGGAACAUCACCAGCUGGACAGUUUGAAAGAUUUUGAGGAUCUCGGGGCAGCCAGGGCAGAGGCGUUAUUUACUGGGCCCGGAGAUGACUCGUUGAUCGUAAAGACGAAGAAGGGCCGAGUGAAAGGUGUCACCCAGACCGCCGCCAGCGGCAAGAAGGUUGACGCCUGGUAUGGCAUCCCCUACGCGGAAAAGCCGAUAGGAGCCCUCAGAUUUCGGCAUCCUCGGCCGGCCGAGCGGUGGGAUGGCAUACUUAACGCCACCCAGCUGCCUAAUAGCUGCGUCCAGAUCCUCGAUACGGUCUUUGGGGACUUUGUCGGCGCGACCAUGUGGAACCCCAACACUCCUUUGAGCGAGGACUGUCUCUACAUUAAUGUCGUCGUUCCCCAGCCCCGUCCGAGGAACGCCGCUGUUAUGGUAUGGAUUUUUGGUGGUGGGUUUUACUCCGGCUCAGCGACGCUAGACGUAUACGACCCGAAGACCCUGGUCUCAGAGGAAAACAUCGUGCUGGUGUCAAUGCAGUACCGGGUCGCCAGUUUGGGGUUCAUGUAUUUCGGUACUUCGGACGUCCCAGGGAACGCCGGGCUUUUUGAUCAGAUGAUGGCGCUCCAGUGGGUCAGGGACAACAUCGCCGCGUUUGGAGGUAAUCCGGAUAAUGUUACCCUCUUUGGAGAGAGCGCAGGCGCGGUAUCUGUUUCAAUGCACUUGCUUUCGCCGCUUUCCAGGCAUCUAUUUAACCAAGCAAUUAUGCAGUCCGGCUCACCAACAGCUCCCUGGGCCAUAAUAUCCCGUGAGGAAUCGAUUGUACGUGGAUUAAGAUUAGCCGAAGCUGUUGGAUGUCCUCACGAUAGAAAUAAUUUACGUUCAGUGAUUGAUUGUCUUGUAACAAUAGAUCCACUGGAUUUAGUUAACAAUGAAUGGGGGACACUUGGUAUAUGUGAAUUUCCAUUCGUCCCGGUUAUCGACGGGGCAUUUUUAGACGAAACGCCCCAGCAGUCACUUGCCAGCGCUUCUUUCAAAAAAGCUAACAUUUUAAUGGGAUCAAACACCGAGGAGGGAUAUUAUUUUAUUAUUUACUAUUUGACAGAAUUAUUCCGCAUAGACGGCACUGAGGAUGUUAAAGUUUCCCAGGAAGAGUUUCACAGAGCUGUUACUGAAUUAAACCCCUAUGUUAACUCUAUAGCGAGACGCGCUAUUAUUUAUGAAUACACCAACUGGCUGAAUCCCGAUGAUCCGAAUGCUAAUCGCAAUGCGAUUGACAAAAUUGUCGGAGACUAUCAGUUUACCUGCAAUGUCAAUGAAUUUGCAGCAAGGUACGCUGAAACUGGGAAUACUGUUUAUAUGUACUAUUAUCAGCACAGAUCUGCUAAUAAUCCUUGGCCGAGAUGGACCGGGGUUAUGCAUGCUGAUGAAAUUAGUUAUAUUUUUGGAGAACCCCUCGAUCCUUCUAAAGGAUACACUCCGCAAGAAAUUACUCUUUCUAAAAGGAUGAUGCGUUAUUGGGCUAAUUUUGCUAAAACUGGAGAUCCAAAUAUGGGAGACGACGGAUCGUGGACUGAAGCAUUCUGGCCCCAACACACGCCCAAAAAUCUGGAGUAUCUAACUCUAGACACAAACACCACCGAAGUUGGUCAGGGGAUAAGAGUGCGACAGUGUGCGUUCUGGAAAAACUACCUCCCAAACCUCAUCGCCGACACCAAUACACUGGAGAUGUCAUCAAAAGAGACCUGCAGUGGCAGUACGUCGGGUACGGACACUGUUUUUACGGUCUGUCUGGCAAUUACCAGUCUCUUAGUGUUUUCAGGACUGCCCAUCACCAACAUACCGGCUUGAGGCUACAUCUAGUCACUCAUCAACAAAUAUAUUAUUGAUAUAUAGAAUUCUCAAGAUAUUUCAAUUAUUAUUACAAUAUUGAUAUUAAUCUUA